AUGAAGGGUGGUGUAAUUGGCAUGGUUAAACCAUGCAACGUAGCCAGACCUACAACCCAUCUAGCUGAGAUCUCACACUGCACCACUUAUACCAACCACCGAACCACACAGUUAAGUGUCAAGAGUUCUUGGAACAGCGAUUCGGGUCCGGCCCGGGUCGCACACCGUGUGGCUAGUUUGGAUCAGAAGUGGAGGGAGUACCAAGGGAUUAAGAACUGGGAAGGGUUGCUUGACCCUUUAGAUGAUGGUCUCCGGCAUGAGAUACUCCGGUAUGGGGAUUUCGUCGAAGCGGCAUACCGGUGUUUCGAGUUUGACACGUCAUCACCGGACUAUGCAACAUGUAAGUUUACUAAGAACACAAUGUUGGAUAGAUGUGGUUUAGGGGGGAGUGGGUAUAAGGUGACUAAAAAUUUGCAUGCCACGUGUGGGGUUCAGCUGCCAGGCUGGAUUGACCGGAUGCCGAGCUGGGCGUCGACGAAUUCCAGCUGGAUUGGUUACGUGGCGGUUUGCGAUGAUGACAAGGAGAUUGCGCGAUUGGGUCGUAGGGACGUGGUGAUUGCGUACAGGGGAACUGCCACGUGUCUUGAGUGGGUUGAGAAUAUACGUGCCAUGUUGACAUCAUUGCCUGAUGACAUGGCACCUGAAAAGAAAAAAGCUAUGGUACAACAAGGGUUUCUUAGUAUGUACACGUCAGCAACUGACAUGUAUCUAAGUUUACGGGACAUGGUGCGUGAGGAGAUAUCAAGGAUCAUUGAGACGUAUGGGAAUGAGCCUCUUAGUGUGACGGUCACUGGCCAUAGCCUUGGUGCGGCACUAGCCACCCUCACAGCCUAUGACAUAACCUCAACAUUUAAGCACUCGCCAAUGGUGACUGUAGUUUCCUUUGGCGGGCCUCGUGUUGGAAACCAAAAUUUCCGAUCACAACUUGAAAGCAGUGGGACACAAAUUCUUAGAAUCGUGAACUCGACGGAUGUGAUCACGAAAGUCCCUGGAUUCUUGGUUGAUAUCGGUAGCAACGACGUGGCAAAAAGAAGUGUAGGGUUGCAAGGAUGGCUACAAAAACAAGUUGAUGAACUUGGAGAUUGGUUCGGAUAUGCCGAUGUAGGCAAAGAACUCCGGCUAACCAGCGAGGCGUCACCCUACCUAACCAAAAGCGACUUUGCCACAUGCCAUGACCUGAAAACAUAUCUCCAUUUAGUUGACGGUUUUGUGAGCUCCUCCUGCCCAUUCCGAACAACAGCAAAAAGACUGUUAACCGGAGUGAAACAAGAGAAGCAAAAAAAUUUAGUUAGAUGAAGCUAAAAUUUUGUUAAAUGAC